AUUUCCUGAGGGGCUAUGUGAUGUGGACCCCUCAGCUGUUUUGAGAGGGUUCAUAUAAUCAUGUUUAUUUUAUUUUGUAACCAUUAACAAUGUAGUAUGAUAGUUGUAAGACUAUAUUCGAUGAAUUAGUAUAUCGAAGAAGACAGGGGGUCAUGCGUAAUGUAAACGGGAAUUGGUAAGCCUACAGAAUAAACCCUCCUAAGGCAUUGGAAAGUUUCCUGAUAAUUGAGGCGCUCAUGGGGUGUUUUGUACUGGUGUACCUUCGUUCCUGGAAGAGGCCAGACUAGUUGCUUAGUGCGAGGAGUGUGCUUUGCCUGUCAUCGGCAUUGCCUUGUCCCUAUCAACGGAGACACUCGGGCUGUAACUGUCUGUGUCCGCCAAAAGGGCAUUACGAGCCUGGCUGUAACGAUAGCUGAAACAUGACGCCGUCGACGUUGAUCCCGGUUGUUGUUGUUCUGUGAGAGUGGGUUUGUGUGAAAUUAUAUUCCGAUCGCCGUCCAAAUCGGAAAGAUCAGAGAAACACAAGGCUGGGAUUAAACAAGGGAAAAUUGUGUAAAAGAGCGCGUGCUCUGAGCGCUGCAGAAUCGCAGUAGGCUACAUUGUAUCAAGUAGUUGUAGCUGAUAACGCGAUACAGUGUUGCUUUACUGAAAUACCAGCGGGAGACGAUCCAGGAACGUCUUGUUUUCGAAGUUUAUCGCCCAGCUGUAUGCAGUUGUCAAGGACAUUUGUGGUGCAGUGACUGUCCUGUGCGGUCUCUCUCCACCCCUGUUUGUCCCCCCGGCCUAUCAUAAAGACGCUGAGCUCAGGGACUGCGCUGCUGUAGGACCCCAUGGCUCUGGGCCUUCCAUCCUCCUCCAUGGGCCCCUGGUCCCGGCUUGCUGAGCGGCUGCUGUUGGGGCUCCUGCUGGUGUCUGGGCUGGGCAUGGCCCUUGGUCAGAGGGUUUACACCAACACAUGGGCCGUCCACAUCGCUGGAGGACCACACGAGGCUGACCUCAUUGCCAGUAAACACGGCUUCGUCAACCAUGGCAAUGUAUUUGGUGACAUCUAUCACUUCCGGCACCGUUCUGUGGAGAAGAGGUCUCUGUCGGGUCACCGAGGGACGCACAUCCGUCUACAAAAAGAGCCUCAGGUGACAUGGGCAGAACAGCAGGUGGUGAAGAGUAGGAAGAAGAGGGACAUCUACACGGAGCCCUCAGACCCCAAGUUUACCCAGCAGUGGUACCUGUACAAUGCUAAUCAUCGUGACCUGAAUGCUAAAGGUGCAUGGGAGCUGGGCUACACUGGGAAGGGAGUGGUGGUGUCCAUCCUGGACGAUGGUAUAGAGAAGAACCACCCAGACCUUAUAUCAAACUAUGACCCAGACGCCAGCUAUGAUGUGAACGAUGGAGAUCCAGACCCUCAGCCACGAUACACACAACUCAACGAUAACCGGCAUGGGACUCGUUGUGCAGGCGAGGUGGCGGCAAUGGCCAACAAUGGGAUCUGUGGAGUCGGAGUGGCUUACAAUGCCAAGAUUGGAGGAGUGCGUAUGCUGGACGGCGAGGUGACCGACGUGGUGGAGGCCCAGUCUCUCAGUCUGAACCCACAGCACAUCCACAUCUACAGUGCCAGCUGGGGCCCCGAGGAUGAUGGGAAGACGGUGGAUGGGCCCGCCAAGCUCGCCAAGGAGGCCUUCCUGCGUGGAGUGACCGAGGGUCGUGGGGGCCUGGGCUCCAUCUUUGUGUGGGCAUCAGGGAACGGCGGGCGUGAGAAGGACAGCUGUAACUGUGACGGCUACACCAACAGCAUCUACACCCUGUCCAUCAGCAGCUCCACCCAGAACGGCAACGUGCCCUGGUACAGCGAGGCCUGCUCCUCCACCCUUGCCACAACCUACAGCUCUGGCAACCUCAACGAGAAACAGAUCGUGACAACAGACCUCAGACAGAAGUGUACUGACACCCACACGGGCACCUCCGCCUCGGCUCCUCUGGCUGCUGGGAUCAUCGCCCUUGCACUGGAAGCCAAUAAAAACCUGACAUGGCGGGACAUGCAGCACUUGGUCGUGAGGACCUCUCAUCCCGCCCACCUCCUCACCAACGACUGGAAUACCAAUGGGGUCGGCCGAAAAGUGAGCCAUUCAUAUGGGUAUGGUCUGCUUGAUGCCAGUGCGAUCGUGGCUCUGGCUGAGAACUGGACCAAUGCUGGGCCCCAGAAAAAAUGUGUGCUAUCCAUGGUGGCAGAGCCCAGGAACAUUGGGAGCCACCUACUGAUCACCAAGACAGUGGACGGCUGUGUUGGGACAGCCAACCAUGUGAGCUCUCUAGAACAUGUCCAGGCCCAGCUCACCCUCUCCUACAACCGCAGGGGCAACCUGGGCAUCUACCUGACAAGCCCACAGGGCACCCGCUCCACACUGCUCGCUCCCAGGCCUCAUGACUACUCAUCAGAGGGCUUUAAUGACUGGGCUUUCAUGACCACACACUCCUGGGAUGAGGACCCCCGGGGGGAGUGGACCCUGGAGAUGGUAAACGUGGCAGGGGCCAGCGACUACGGCACUCUGACUCAGUUCACCCUGGUGCUGUAUGGUACAGGCUCAGACUCUCCCAGCUCCACAGCCAAGGACCUCUCUCAGCCCAGUAACGGCAGCUGCAAGACUUUUGACCUACAGCAGAUCUGCAUUGAGUGCAAUGGUGGCUACUACCUCUUCCAGCAGGGCUGUGUGAGGGGCUGUCCAGCCGGCUACACCGCAGGCUCCCAGCUCCUCAGUUACACCAUGGGGAACUCUGUGGAUCCAGCCUCGGUCCCCUCCUGCCUGCCCUGCCAACCCCCUUGCCUGACCUGCAGCGGCCUCAGCCCCAGCGCCUGCCUCUCCUGCCCCCCUCACAGCCACCUUGACCCUGUGUCCAGCACCUGCCUGCACCUCAACCAGAUCCAGAGGGAGUCCCCCGGGAACUUCAUGGUGGGCCAGGGCAAUGCCGGUCCCCGCCUAGAGCUCAGCUCCCGCCUGCCCGUCACCAUCGCCGUGCUCAGCUGCAUGAUCAUCAUGGCCACCUUCGCAGGGGUGUUCGUUCUGCUGCAGCUGAGAUCUGGAGUCCUGGCCAAACUGCCCUCACUGGAGGAGGCCGGCUCAGGCCUGAGGGGGGGCUUCGGCCUGGGGGGCAGCAGCAGAAUGGUGUCGUACCGCGGUAUCCCUACAGUGUGGGGCGAUGAGGGAGUGAACACUGACUCCGACAAUGAUGAGUUUGACGUCCACAAUGAGAAGACUGCCUUUAUCAAAACACAAAGUGCUCUUUAACCCCCUCCUGUCUUCAAAUUCCUUCUUUCUACAGCCUCUCCCCCAAUUCUCUGAGUCGUCUAAUUCCGGGCUCCCUGUCCUCAUGUUCCCCUCCUCUGGUUUCUCUUUCCCUGUUUCACUCCCUCGUUCUUCCUCUCAUGGGGUUUAAUUCCCCAGGUUUAGUGUUCCACUCUGUAGUGGGUGACGUGAUGUGAGACUGGAGUCACGCGGAACAGGGAUGGCCUGGGUGCGCUCGGCGCUCACUACACACUCGGGUGCUUUUCUAUUAAACUGUCUCUCCGUGCCCUUUCGCCCUCAAUCACCAUCAGACAGAGUGUUUUCUGAACACAGCCCAUUUCCCGGACGGCUCCAGGGUUUCCCUGUCACAAUAAACAAACCAUUAUUGUUUGCUCUCUCCCUUUUUUUCCUCCUUCAGUUCCAGUGCAGUAGCCAGAUGAGAUUGUAAAUUGGGGGUACAGUGUGUGUGUGUGUGUGUGUGUGUGUGUGUUGAGUGGAUACUAAGAUCGGGGUAGGGUCAGGUUCUGAGAAGCCACAGUGGAGUCGUCAAAGUCCCACGGUUUUGGUGAAUCAGCCCCAGGCCCUCCCAGAGCUGCGGAGUGUCCAUGCUGCAGUAUGACUGUGUCUCUCUCUCUCAGCUCUGGCUGGAUACAAGGCUAUGAGUCCAUGAGACUAGCAACGCUCACUCUACCCCCAGCAUGGGGAGAGAGAGGGGGGGGGGGGGGGGGGUUCGGACCGAGUGCUCGCUCGCUGCCAGAUCUCCAAAAAUAGGUCAGCAGUUCACCCAGCUAGGCCGCCACACUUUACUGGGCCUCAGAAUUUUGACCAAAAUAAUAUUGCCUCUAUGAUUAUUACCCCAUUCCCAAGGAAAAAAGUACCUAGGACUAAUUAAAUUGGCUUUCCACUUAAGUAUUUUAAUUGCUCAGCUUCUGAGGGUGAGCGUGUUAGAGAGAUGUAUUGUGGAUGGGGCUCAGUACAGUAGAAGUGACUUUUAACACAGGGGUUUCUCUGAGCAGCUAUACAGGUAGUGAGAAGAGUGUGUGAUAGAGAGAAGGGUUUUACGCACUGCAGAGGAGAGAGAGAGAGAGAAUAACAGUCUGGCCAUGAUUACCAGACGGGGCACUCUACUCUCUCUACUCUGCUGCUCUUUUAAUGCUGUUCAUCACACACACUUUGCACUAUGUUGGUCUUGUGUUUUUGUGUGUCUUGAAUGUGUGCAGGCCAAGUGUGUGAGCAGUUGAGCAAAAGGAAGGAAUGCCCACAUUAGGAAUACUAAGGAUGUGGUUGUGUUUGUCAGCUGAGUUAGGCCAACCGGUAUCAUAUGUAGUUUCCCUGUCUGCUGUUCUUUAAAGAACUGAGGUUGGCUAUAAUGAGCAAACUUCUUUUAACAUCUUUUAUCUGUCUGAGACUGAUCACUGCUUCUCUCCACUCGCCCUCCAGUCGUCAUCAGGGGUGUCGAUGCAAACUACAGAUAAUCUGUUUCAUAUACUUGCCAAUGAAUUAUAUCCUGAAUGACACUACAGCUCAGAUGUGUUCCAAGGGAGUUUUUUUUUCUAUUCAAACUGUGUCUUUAUUGAAAAAGUUAAGUGAAUAUUUGGCUGAAUAUCUUCCUUCUACAAUCUUCUGUACCUCAUUAAUUCAUCCAUUGGACAAAUAUUGGAUCCAUCCAUCUUUUUUUUUCUUUUAUGUUGAAAUUAUUUUUCAUUUCCAGCAGAUAAUAAGGGGCUUCGCUGAGAUGGGUUGUCAUAGUGACAACAUGCAUAAAAGAUUGAUGCAGCUGCUCAUCCCGUCCUCACUCAGAUCACACAGCAACGGCAGCAGAGUAUGUGUUACAUAGCGAUGAUGAAGGAUUAUAUAGGUCAAAGGUGAAAGCUUUUCAGAGAAGGAUAUUUCUAUUGAAUCGAUCCGGAGUUUUCCUUUCACUGAUUUACACUUCUGCAGUAAUAAUAAGACUGAAAUGUCUUUAUCUACAGUGCCACAGGGCUGUAGGGCUGCAUUCUCGCUUUGUUAUUUCUCUCUCUCUCCUCCCCUACUCUGUCUUGGCACAACUUAAAUGUAAAUUAAUAUAUCCUGAUUUAUGCCCUCUGAAUAUAUUGUUUUCAGGAUUGUUUUUUAAGGUGGUGGGGAGGGGGGGGGGGGUGAUCCCUGUGCUUUAAAUCUUAUGUAAUUAUAAACCUUGCUGAGAAAGACUUAAUCUUCAAUACACAUGUUGGGGAGUUGCUACCCUCUGAAUGCAAAGUAAUGACGGCCAACUUUGAGCAAAAUAUGUAAUUAUUACAAAGAUGGAAUAGUGUGCCAUUUAGCCCUGGCUGAUGUAAGGUGCAGUAAUGCUGUCAUUGUCUUUUCCCUUAAAAUGAAGAAGUAACCGAUAAAUCUUAAGAUUUUUCUUCCUACCAGAAUUCUAGUUGAGGCAAUCAUUUGAAUGUCCCAACGUACUUCCCCCACUUACAUCCGUUUCAUCUAAGUUGGUCACUCCUGAAUGUGGAAAUCUCUAUUGCAUUAUAACAGUAUGUCUAAGGAAACGGACAGCUGCUGGGGAGGAGGUUGCGCCCUUUGCAGUGCAGCCUCAAUACUACAUCUGACUGCAGCAGAGUUUAUGGCAUUACCAGGGCAAUUUAGAGAUGUGUACAGUUCUGCUUCAGAUUGCUGAGCCUGAGUUGGGGAGAUGACGCAAUCUGAGGUUUUCUAUAUGCAUUGAUUCAUAAAUCAGAUGACUUUUUUUUAUUUUUUUAGCCCUUUCUGUUAUUCCUGCCUUUUAAUGCAGAGACCUUUCCCUCUCCACCCCCUGCUUGGUGACGGUGGAGCAGAGACAUUCUGUAUGCUGAGAUGCAGGGUUGGAUGUGGAGGGAGCAGAUUGAGAAUGUAUCCCAUCCCCAUACACUAAAGGGCUGAAUGAGGCUGUAUGUGUGUGUGUUAUAACUACAGAAGAAACACACUCAUGGGGGUUAAACAGAGCUCUGUCCACCUCUCCUUAUCAAGUCUUUGGCCCGGGGCUACAUAUUAUUCCUUACAGAAACAGUGACCUAUGAAUAAUGUAAAAGAAUGACUACCUUAGAUGGGACAGAACUCUAAAAUAAGGCCUAUUUUUGUACUAUAUAUGGUGCAGUGUAAUUUUAUUGUAAUUUAAAGAUUUUUUUUUGCUCUUGUUAAAUUUGUCCUUUUUAUUUAAUUGAUAGAUUCUAUAAAAAAUAAAGAUCUAUGCAAACUUGA